CUCAAGGAAGAAAAAAAACCCUCCAUCAAUCAGAAGGGGAAAAAAAGGAUCAACCCAGUCUGUUCGCCGUCAUUUCGCCUUCCGGUCGCCCCGCCGCCCCCUCCGGUCGUCCAGCGGCCGCGCUCGCUCCGCCUCUUGUCUCACCGCCGCUCCUGCGAUGUGAUCGUGCGUCGUCGGCGAUGGCAAUGCCAACACCAUGUGCCGCGCAGGGUAGUCAAGCCGAGCCCACUGUCGUUGCCGGUGCCGGUGCUGUUGUCCUGCCUGAAGAUGUGCUGCGUGACAUCCUCCUGCGCCUGCCGGCAAAGACGCUGUGCCGCUUCCGAGCCGUGUGCCGAUCCUGGAGGUCCUUCCUGUCCGACCCGCUCUUCAUCGCAGCGCACAAGUCGAAGCACCCUGGGCCGCUCAUUGUCACAUGCAUCCGUGAUCUGCUUGGGGACGGAGGAGGGACUGUCAACAUAAUGGACUUGUCUGGCCAUGUUGUUAGGCGGAUGACCACCAGCAUAGAGGAUGCCACAUUGCUGUGCACACGCCUGGACCUCAUCUGUGUCACCGGACAGGAGAACUGCUACACAAAUGGUCACGUAAUUGACCCGGCCACAGGGCAUACUCUGGCUUUGCCCUACAAGCGCGCGCAUGUCAGAGCUUUCUUCUCCUAUGCAUUUGAGUUGGGACAGGUUGUCUCCACGGGAGAGUACAAGGCCCUCCGCUGCGUUAGCGUCAAUAGCUGGAGUCACGGCUCUGAGCCGAUGAUCUCUGAGGUCAUCACCCUUGGUGGUGGCGGUGGCGAUCGUCAUGCAAGAUGGAGGGAGAGACCAUGUCCUCCAUGCCCUGUCACUAGUGCCUCGAAGAAAAGUGUGGUUGUCAAUGGAGUUGUCUACUUCUUGUUGGAUUUCGGAAGCCACCGCUUUACAUAUAGUGGAGACCGCGUCGAGCCAUGUAGCGUUGCUUGUUUCGACCUGGAGACAGAGGAGUGGAUGGGCACUCUCCGACGUCCAAUCCAAGUGCGCAGCUUUGUCGAGUCCUUCAAUGGAAUGUGCAGUUACAGUGAUCUAUACUGUAAGCUCUCGCUGGUCAAUAUGAAUGGGUUCUUGGUUAUGGUCCAGGAUCCUUUGGCUUACCCUUUGGACCUGCCUUUGGACCUGUGGUUUUUGAUCGACAUUGAGAAAUGUCUCUGGGAUAGGAAGUACAGCAUAGCUUUUCAAUACGAAAAUCUCUUUGCACAAUCCUUGCUGAUUCUGGAAGACGGUAGAAUAGCCAUCGGUGCAUCAAAUUUGCUGCGAAUAUAUGACCCAGUUUCAGAGAGCUACACUGAAUUUCAGAUGGCAGGAUCCAGAUUGUUUGCUAUAUACACAGGAAAUCUGUUGAGUUUGACGAGCAGUUUUACCUCUAAGGCAAAACGUUGUGCGACAUGCGGGUGCUACUUUAUCCCCGAAGCCGACCAACAUUGCGAAGAGUGUAUGUGGCAUCUGUAUUGGCUGUCGGAGGAUCCCUAUUCAGAGUACCACAAAUCACGAAUGCCACUAAGCUUGAGUGUCACCCCUCUUUUCCCUGAAAAAUAGUUCUCAGUUUCAGCCUAUUUGAGACGCAGGUGGUGUGGUAUCCACUUUCUAGAGGUUAUGUACCGUUUGAGAUGUAUUUGGUCUAGACUGCACGUGGAGUGCCUUAGUUUGUGACAAAAUGCAUGUUGCCAGACUCAA